GUUACUUAAUUAUAGAGAUUGUAUUACUAUGGAACCUGAAGUUUGCAAAUCAAUUUUGGAGCCUAAAAGGACUAUUUAUAUACACAAUCUUAACGAAAAAAUUAAAAUAUCCGAAUUAAAACCAGCUUUAAACGGGAUGUUUUCACAAUUUGGAAAAAUUCUUGAUAUACACGCUAGGACAACUUUAAAAACAAAAGGACAAGCUUGGAUUAGUUAUGAAAAUCUAGAUAGCGCCAUACAUGCCGUAAAUAGCCUUAACGGGUUUGAAUUUUACAAUAAACCUAUGGAGAUUUCAUUUUCGAAAAAGGAAGCGGAUGCUGUUGCUAAGCUUGAAGGCACCUUCCAACCGCGACCACGACGCCCAAAAGGCGAGAGGGAUAGAAUUUUACUCCGAAAGCAAAUAGGUGACCAAGAUCCCUCUCUUUUUUCGGGUCCCGCUGAGCGCACUUUGAAGGAGGCCAGUCAGGCAUCUCAAAUACAGCCGCAAACUUUAUAUAAACCUUUGCAAAAUAAAUCUCGCACAGAAAAUCCUCCAAAUAAAAUUCUUCUUUUAGUGGAUCUUCCUCCAGAUUGCGAUGAAAAAAAAUUAAAAGUUGUUUUUGGGAAUUUGCCUGGCUUAGUAGAAGUUAGGCUAAUCGCUGGAAGGUAUGAUGUAGCCUUUGUCGAAUAUGAAAACGAGUAUCAAGCUAGCCAAGCAAAAAGUACUCUUCAAGGUUAUUAUUUGGAUCAAUCGCAUCAGCUAAAAAUAUUGUUUGCAAAGGCGAGCAGUUAAAAUUCGAGAGCAUAUUUAAGUGCUUACU